AUGGGAUGGGAUACUCUCCUGCGCCAUAUCUCGUCUCAUGCGAAGCCGCCCGUACCACGCACUCCCUCUUCGAAGAGACCGACACAUGAGGAACGAUCCGGGUCGAGACACGAGCCCAUCUCUCUCGACGAUACCAGCCAGACCCAGGCCCAGACCCAGACCAGCGCCAGUACGACAUCAGUACCCGCAACCCAGCAAAGCGACACCGCCCACGAUGACCUCCUCAGCCCCUCAACCCUGCUUGCCUUUCCAGAGCAGAAGCAGACGAAUCUCCCCGCGUUCGCCGACUCGAGUUCCGAAAAUAUCGACGUGCCUCCCGAACUCUACAGCAACGACCCCCCCGUGGUUGGGACAACACCAGACCUUCCUCGCCGAGAGCAAGGCCGCAUCUUUGAGCUCGACCACCUCGACCCCUCGGAAGUCACGCGAUUUUUCGGCGGCGCCGACGAAUCCAGCCCUUUCACCGUGCACACCAGCGCGUCCUCGCCGAUCCUUUCCCGGCACCAGCACCCGUACAAGCGCCCGUCUCCAGGGACGACAGAGUCACAGCAGCAAGAAGAACCCUUUGAGCUGCCCUCGGAGCUGUUCCACGGCACCGUCGAUGUCCCCGCCAGGACGUGGCUGCGGGAGUUUUGUGCGGGGGAUUGA